UAUUGAAUUCAAUUUUUGGUUUGUUGCUCCAUGUCUUCUCUAGUUAUUUACUCCAUUUGUCGACGGCAUUGAUGUCUCACGUAAGCAAGCAACAACGCUAGGGAUUCUGCCAGGAACCACCGCACCGUCACCGUCACCGUCAUCAUCACCGUCACCGUGCCGGAAUAUCGUCAGUGUCACCGUUAUUGCUCGUUGCCUUGAGAUGAGUCCUUCUGUGGUUCGGAAAUCUCCUACUAGACGCCAUUCAUCCAGGCACUCAGCCUCUCCAGAAAAGGAUCAUGGUCAAAAUCACAGAAGGGGAAGAUCUCCUGAUGUGAGCUCUCCUCGUAGUAGGAGCCCACAUCGUAGAGAAAGAUCCCCAGUUCGUCGAAAAAGUUCUCAUAGAGAUAAGGAUGGUUCUCCAGUGAAGGAUAGGCGUUUAGGCCGAGCUAAGUCACCCAAACGAGAAACAUCAAGGUCUCCUGUGUCAAGGUCUCCAUCACCUAGGACUAAACGGUUAAAGAGAGCUCAGGUUGAUAGGGCCACUGAGAAAGCACCAGAGAAGGAGCAUGAUAGAAAUUUUGAAAAGAGCAGUGAUAGGUCUAAGAAUGAGAGAACUCAUAAGGAAAGGGAUUACGUGAGGGAAGUUCCCAAGGAUAAAAGUGAACGCAGAUACGAAAGAGAACGUGAAAAGGAAAGAGGUAGAGAGAAAAGCAGAGAUAUGGAGGACACAGAUGUUGGAUCAUCUAGAUCAAGACACGGGCGAUCUGAGUCUCCAUAUGAUCAACAUCGCUACCGUAGCCGGAAGCGUUCACAAUCACCUCCACGGGCUUCUCGCUCCAGAGUUCGUCAUGAGGAUGUAGAAUUCAGGGGAACUGCUGAUGGAGAUGAUGCUAGUGAUUCACUUGCAAAAAUGGAAGCUGCGGAGCAGGUAUUAGAAACUAAGGAAAAGCAAAAACCUUCAUUUGAGCUAUCAGGAAAGCUUGCUGCUGACACAAACCGGGUCAGAGGUGUUACUCUGCUUUUUACUGAACCUCCUGAUGCUCGGAAACCUAAUAUAAGAUGGCGCCUGUAUGUAUUCAAGGGUGGUGAAGUGUUAAAUGAGCCACUUUACGUGCAUCGUCAGAGUUGUUAUCUUUUUGGAAGGGAGAGAAGGGUAGCUGAUAUCCCUACAGAUCACCCUUCUUGCAGCAAACAACAUGCAGUCCUUCAAUUUCGGCAAGUUGAAAAGGAGCAACCUGAUGGCAUGAUGUCAAAGGAAGUAAGGCCAUACUUGAUGGAUCUCGGAAGCACAAAUAAAACCUUUAUCAAUGAAAAUGCAAUUGAACCGCAGCGUUAUUAUGAGCUCUUAGAGAAGGAUACCAUAAGAUUUGGCAAUAGCAGUCGAGAAUAUGUGCUUCUACAUGAAAAUUCCAACUAAUCUACCUCAGCUCCAAGUUGGUCGUUGGAUCAAGUGAGAAUUUGUAUAAAAGUUAUUGAGAUCCCUUCCGAAUCCCAUGUAUUUCGCACUUGGUGCUUUACUGUUGCUGAUGUUGAUCAUUUUCUCAAGAAUGGUUUUCAUCGAUUUCAGGACAAGAAGGGGCCUAUAGCCAAUAGAGUCAAUGGUCCGUCCUCCAAACUAGAUUAUUGUAUUGUUUGAGCGUUUUAGUCGUUUAUUAGUUCCAUGGAAUGUAUUAUGGUAUGUUAUUUUGAUGCUUGCAUUAGUGGAUUACCAUGAGAUAGUUUGCCCGACUACAAUGUAAAGAAAUUAGUGUCAAUGUCAAGCAAUCAGCUGACUGUCCAAAAAAAUCCAAUGAUUUGUGUCA